UGUCAUCACUAGUCAAUCUCGGCUCAGCUGAGUAGGUUGUGUUUACCUAAACGGGUUUGGUGCUGGACGGUGGAAGGUGGUUUUUCGAUAGUGAGCGAGUGCGUGAGCGUUAGAAAUUGUGGAAGCGCGAAGAAAUGGGUGUCCUGAAAGGAUUCGUCAAGUUCAACGGCUAUACGGUGGCCGUCACGUGCAUCAACUACUCGCUGACGCGAGUACUGGAGUCGAAUUUAGAAGGGAAAAUAGUGGAAAACUUUUCCUGGCUGAAAACUUUUCUAGCGACUGCGAGUCAACCGUCAUCGAUUUCAUACAUGGGACUUCUAAUAGCAAGCAUUACGCUAUUCCUCGGCAUUUUCUGGGAAUGCAAAGCCCUAAUGAUCCCAUUCAUCAUCGCCUACAUGGAAGUUCUGUACGAGGAGACCGGAGGGACCUUUAAAAUGGCGAAGGUGUGGGAGGUGAUAUUCACGUUCUACGCGGCAAUCAGUCUGGUGAUGCUGUUCUCGAUGGGAAUCUGUACCUGCUUCCGCAGUAAGGACGAUCGAGGCAAACAGAAGCAGAGCUCCUGGAUAUCUCAGUGCUGUUGGACGUUCUGGUGCUGUCGAUGCUGUAGACGGGGCCGCGAAAUUCACCCGACGCUGGACGCCCACUCGCACUGUUCCUGUGAGACCCUAAACAUUCGAACGGCCGGCCCGGACGAUAAGCAUUAUCAUCGGGUGAUCUUCGUGUAGGCGGAUUCGGGCGAUGACGGCUCCGGCGAUGACGUUGGACUUUAAUGGAACAGUAUUUUUUAUUUGUUAAUCAGCGCGAUGACCAAAGAGUUGAUGCCAAUGAAACAUGAGCGGUUGCAAGGUUCAUGACACGCAACCAUGGCUCUCGGAGCAGGAUUUGAUCAUCGAACGAUGAACCAGCGAUCUUGGGCGGAUCCUGGUAUGACGAAAACGAUUAUCUUACUUAAACGAGCGGUGGUACCACCACCAUAUAAAUAAUUAGGCGAAUGAGACGAAGGAAUGUGAGUGAGUGGAACUGCAAUCAAGUGAAUUGAGGAAUUAGUCUCUCGUGCAAUUUGAACAAGCAACGUAUUAAAGAAAGUACUUAGCAAACCGUGAUAGUGAAAAUAUUUUAGUUAUUAAGUGAACCACAAUAGGGGCAGACAAUUGAUUUCUGUGAAAUCUAGUCCUUUAGGAAUAAAAUGAGUGCCUAUUUACAAAUUUAGAUAGUUGAACAAUCUUCUUAUGUGCCUCAAUAUUUACAAACAUGGUGAAAUUUGUUAUCUACUAUUUAGAAAGACUCAAAUAAACAACUCAUUUUUCUU